UUUGUGUGUGAAGAAAAAAGAUAAAUCGCGCGGAUGUGCAUUUCAAUAGCGCCCUCUGUUGAAUUUACAAAUCAAAAUGGCUGCGCCCGUGGCUCUCCACAACACAUCGUCAACAGAUCUUGACUCAGUUCAAGUAACCCUUGAAGAUCAGCAAAAAAUCAACAUCUUUGCACGGAAGACGAACAAACUGGGUGAACUUCAGGCAGAAAUCCAAUCCAAACAGAAAGAUGUAGUGAAUGUGCAGGAUGCAUUAGAGGAACUUGAACUGGGAGAUGAAGACUCCACAAUACCAUACCUUAUAGGUGAGGUCUUCGUCAGUAAGACGGUCAGUGAUGCCCAGGCGCUGAUGGAAAAAGCCAAGUCGGAGAAAGAAGAAGAGAUCGCAGCCUUGGAGAAGAACUGCGAGUCUAUCAAAGAAACCCUGUCCGAACUCAAGGCCCAGCUGUAUGCCAAGUUUGGCACUAACAUCAAUCUUGAAAUGGACGAGGCGUAGUAUUGAAUCACAACUAAAGCCGCAUCUAAAUUACUUGGCUACGGCUGGCAGUAGCACAUGUCUAUGGGAAGUGGCUUCAGCCGCUUCCAUAGACACGUGUGUAAAUGCAAGCCGUAGCCAGGUCAUUUGGAUGUGGCUAUGGCUGACAGUAGCACAUGUCUAUGGGAAGUGGCUUCAGCCGCUUCCAUAGACACGUGUGUAAAUGCAAGCCGUAGCCAGGUCAUUUGGAUGUGGCUAUGGCUGACAGUAGCACAUGUCUAUGGGAAGUGGCUUCAGCCGCUUCCAUAGACACGUGUGUAAAUGCAAGCCAUAGCCAGGUCAUUUGGAUGUGGCUAUGGCUGACAGUAGCACAUGUCUAUGUGUAAGGCCAAAAAAAAAAGUCUCCGGUUUCUGGUAUGCGCGUGCGUCG